GUUCAGACCUUCAAUUUGGGCAAUGUCUUUUCAGAAAACUGUAUGGGAAUGAAGAUUCUGCUUGUUUUCUUUGAUUUCCUUUACUCCCCUCUAGUUUUAGGCCCAUGAAGUCAGACUUUUAAAGCUGGGAAAGACCUUGACCAUCUCUUGUCAAGUCAUUCUGGGUAUAUACAAGCAUAUGAGUUCUGAGGACCUUGCAGAAGUUCUGUAUGUUCGUGUAAUAGUUUCUUUUUCACCUGGCAAAUGUGUAGUUGUCUAGGGAAAUAUUUGCAUGUUAUCUACAACCAGUUGCUUGAGAUCUUGGAGCCCUACCAGGUUCUUCUGUGUGGCAGCUCAGAAUGAUGGAUCAAGCUAGAUCAGCAUUCUCUAACUUGUUUGGUGGUGAACCAUUGUCAUACACCCGGUUUAGUCUGGCUCGGCAAGUAGAUGGUGAUAACAGUCAUGUGGAGAUGAAACUAGCUGUAGAUGAGGAAGAAAAUGCUGACAAUAACAUGAGGGCCAAUGUCACAAAACCAAAAAGGCUUAAUAGAAGUAUUUGCUGUGGGACUAUUGCUGUAAUCAUCUUCUUCUUGAUUGGAUUUAUGAUUGGCUAUUUGGGCUACUAUAAACGUGCAGAACCAAAAGCUGAGUGUGAGACACCAUCAGUAACAGAGUCUCUAGAGAUGGAGGAGUCAAAAGAGGACUUUCCUGAAAUACCUUCUCAAUUAUAUUGGGCAGACCUCAAAACAAUGUUGUCAGAGAAAUUGAAUACCACUGAUUUCACCAGCAUCAUCAAGCAGCUGAAUGAAAAUUCUUAUGUCCCACGUGAGGCUGGAUCUCAGAAAGAUGAAAGUCUCGCAUUUCUUGUUGAAAAUCAAUUCCGUGAAUUUAAACUCAGCAAAGUCUGGCGUGAUGAACAUUUUGUUAAGAUUCAGGUCAAAGGGAGUGCUCAAAACUUGGUGACUGUAGUGGAUAUGAACAAUGACACAGUAUCCUCGGUGGAGAGUCCUGAGGGUUACGUGGCAUAUAGUAAGGCUACGACAGUUACUGGUAAACUGAUCCAUGCUAAUUUUGGCACUAAAAAAGACUUCGAGGAUUUAAACUCUCCUGUGAAUGGAUCUUUAGUGAUUGUUAGAGCAGGCAAAAUCACUUUUGCAGAAAAGGUUGCAAAUGCUGAAAGCUUAAAUGCAAUUGGUGUCUUGAUAUACAUGGAUUGGGCCAAGUUUCCCAUUGUUAAGGCAGAGCUUCCAUUCUUUGGACAUGCUCAUCUGGGAACAGGUGACCCUUAUACACCUGGAUUCCCUUCUUUCAAUCACACUCAGUUUCCACCUUCUCAGUCAUCAGGAUUGCCUAAUAUACCUGUCCAAACAAUUUCCAGAGCUGGAGCAGAAAAGCUGUUUGCAAAUAUGGAAGAUGACUGUCCUUCUAGGUGGAAUACAGACUCUUCAUGUAAGCUAUCCUUACAAAAUAAGAAAGUGAAGCUCACUGUGAACAAUGUGCUCAAAGAGACAAGAAUUCUUAACGUCUUUGGAGUUAUUAAAGGCUUUGAAGAACCAGAUCGCUAUAUUGUAGUAGGGGCCCAGAGAGAUGCCUGGGGUCCUGGAGCUGCAAAAUCCAGUGUAGGAACAGCUCUUCUAUUGAAACUUGCCAGGAUAUUCUCUGAUAUGGUUUUAAAAGAUGGAUUUAAACCCAGCAGAAGCAUUAUCUUUGCCAGCUGGAGUGCUGGAGACUUUGGAGCUGUUGGUGCCACUGAAUGGCUAGAGGGAUACCUUUCCUCCUUGCAUUUAAAGGCUUUCACUUACAUUAAUUUGGAUAAAGCAGUUCUUGGUACCAGCAACUUCAAGGUUUCUGCCAGCCCACUGUUGUAUACGCUAAUUGAGAAAACGAUGCAAGAUGUGAAACAUCCAGUUACUGGGCGGUCUCUAUAUCAGGACAGCAACUGGGUCAACAAAGUUGAGAAACUUUCUUUUGAUAAUGCUGCUUUCCCUUUCCUUGCAUAUUCUGGAAUCCCAGCAGUUUCUUUCUGUUUUCGUGAGGACACAGAUUAUCCUUAUUUGGAUACUACCAUGGAUACCUAUGAGGUACUGACUCAGCAAAUUCCUCAAUUGAAUAAAAUGGCACGUGCAGCAGCAGAAGUAGCUGGUCAGUUCAUGAUUAAACUUACCCAUGAUGUUGAAUUGAAUCUGGACUAUGAGAUGUAUAACAACAAAAUACUUUCAUUUGUGAGGGAUUUGAACCAAUUCAGAGCAGACAUAAAGGAGAUGGGCCUGAAUCUACAGUGGCUAUAUUCUGCUCGUGGAGACUUUUUUCGAGCUACUUCCAGGCUAACAACAGAUUUCAAGAAUGCUGAGAAAACAAACAGAUUUGUCAUGAGGGAAAUUAAUGAUCGUAUCAUGAAAGUGGAAUAUCACUUCCUCUCACCCUAUGUAUCUCCAAGAGAUUUUCCUUUCCGGCAUAUCUUCUGGGGCUCUGGCUCUCACACUUUGUCAGCUUUACUAGAGAACUUGAAGCUGCGUCAGAAAAAUAACGGUGCUUUUAAUGCAACACUAUUGAGAAACCAAUUGGCUCUAGCUACUUGGACUAUUCAGGGGGCUGCAAAUGCCCUCUCUGGUGACAUUUGGGACAUUGACAAUGAGUUUUAAAUGUGAUACCCAUAACUUACAUAAGAAUAGCAGGGUAGUCUGGUUUCUAGACUUGUGCUGGUUGUGCUAAAUUUUCAGUAGGGCUACAAAACCUAAUGUUAAAAUUCCUCCCAGUCAUUUUGGUACUACUAGAUGUUUUUAGGCAGCAGCUUUUAAUAUAUGGUAGGUACCUAAACUUAAAGUGAAUAAUCACUUAAAAAAAUGUUCAUAAUAGAAUAUUUUCUUUGAUUAUCUCUAGAAUAUUAAGUGCUUUGUAAUGGUAACUGCCUCUUCCCUGUUAUAGUUAUGAAAGUGUCAGAACCAGAUACAUGAACCAUUGCUCUCAAUCCUAAGGACAUGAACUGGUAUCUUUUGAGGUGGGAGGAAGAAGGUGGUUCUACUGAGGGUUAAAAGUGGUAGUUUACUGUGAUCUUCCUCCAUCUUCAUUUGAUGCUAAAUAGGAGAUACCAGGUUGUAAGAUGUUAUUCUCUAAAUGAGAUAUAUGUCUUUCCAUACGGAUUUAUCUGGUUUCUGCAUCCCUGAAUGAAACAGUUAACUUUCAGAAGAGAUGGGACUUGUUUUCUUGCCAAUGAAGUCUGAAAUAGAGGUCCUUCAGCUGGCUAUAAUGAGGUUCGACUGUUUAUUGCAGGAGUCAGGCCUUAAUGUGUUAACCUCAAUGUUAUGAAAAGAGGAGACCAGAAGCCAAAGACUUAGUAUAUUUUCUUUUCCUCUGUCCUCUGCCCCAUAGUCCUUUGUUUAGUUCUUUGUUGUUUUUAUUUUUUCCAAAGUAUUUUGAAAGAGCCAGUUUCAGGUGUUUAAAUUUCAGACUCAGUUUGUCAGACUUAAAGAACACACUGCCAAAUUUUGGCUGAAGUGUUAACUAAUCUUUUGGGAAAGCUUUCUGUCAUUUUGGCACUGAGAUAUUUAUUGUUUAUUUAUCAGUGACAGAGUUCACUAUAAAUGGUGUUUUUUUUUUAUAGAAGAUAAUUAUCGGAAGCAGUGCCUUCCAUAAUUAUGACAGUUAUACUGUCGUUUUUUUAAAAUAAAAGCAGCAUCUGCUAAUAAAACCCAACAGAUACUGGAA